AUGCUUUGGGUAGGCAGUGCAUGUCUGUGAAGAUGGCGGUGGCUGCGUGGCUUCAGGUUUUGCCUGUCAUUUUUCUGCUUUUGGGAGCUCAGCCGUUCUCAUCGUCGCUUUUUUGUGCAGGACCUGCACCCGUGUCUGCUGCUGACCGUUCCAAGUGGCACAUUCCGAUGCCAUCGGGGAAGAAUUAUUUUAGUUUUGGAAAGAUUCUUUUCAGAAAUACUACUAUCUUAUUGAAAUUUGAUGGAGAACCUUGUGAUCUGUCUUUGAAUAUAACCUGGUUUCUGAAAAGUGCUGAUUGUUACAAUGAAAUCUACAACUUCAAGGCAGAUGAAGUAGACACAUACUUGGAAAAUCUUAAGGAUAAAAGAGGCUUAUCUGGAAAAUACCAGACAUCAUCAAGAUUGUUCCAGAACUGUAGUGAACUCUUUAAAGCACAGAGCUUUUCUGGAGAUUUUAUGCAUCGACUGCCUCUUUUAGGAGAAAAACAGGAGGCUAAGGAGAAUGGAACUAAUCUUACCUUUACUGGAGACAGAACUGCAAUGCAUGAACCAUUGCAGACUUGGCAAGAUGCACCCUACCUUUUUAUUGUGCAUGUUGGCAUUGCACCCUCAAAGGAAUCAUCAAAAGAAAGUUCAUUGAGUAAUCUUUUCACCAUGACUGUUGAAGUGAAGGGUCCCUAUGAAUACCUUACUCUUGAAGACUACCCAUUGAUGAUUUUUUUCAUGGUGAUGUGUAUUGUGUAUGUCCUGUUUGGUGUUCUCUGGCUGGCGUGGUCUGCUUGCUACUGGAGAGAUCUCCUAAGAAUUCAGUUCUGGAUUGGUGCUGUCAUCUUUCUGGGAAUGCUUGAGAAAGCUGUCUUCUAUGCAGAAUUUCAGAAUAUCCGAUACAAAGGAGAAUCUGUCCAAGGUGCCUUGAUCCUUGCAGAGCUGCUUUCAGCAGUGAAGCGCUCUCUGGCUCGCACCCUUGUCAUCAUCGUUAGCCUGGGAUAUGGCAUCGUCAAGCCUCGCCUUGGAGUCACUCUUCAUAAGGUUGUGGUGGCUGGAGCUCUCUAUCUUUUGUUCUCUGGCAUGGAAGGGGUCCUCAGAGUUACAGGGUAUUUUUCUUAUUCCCUGGCUCUGUUAGUAAACCUGGCCCUCUCAGCAAUUGAUGCCUGUAUUAUUUUAUGGAUCUUUAUUAGCCUGACUCAAACAAUGAAGCUACUAAAACUUCGGAGGAACAUUGUAAAGCUCUCUUUGUAUCGACAUUUCACCAACACGCUUAUCUUGGCAGUGGCAGCUUCCGUUGUGUUCAUCAUCUGGACAACGAUGAAGUUCAGGAUAGUGACUUGCCAAUCGGACUGGCGGGAGCUGUGGGUGGACGACGCCAUCUGGCGGUUGCUGUUUUCUAUGAUCCUCUUUGUCAUCAUGGUUCUCUGGAGACCAUCAGCAAAUAACCAGAGGUUUGCCUUUUCACCAUUGUCAGAGGAAGAUGAAGAAGAUGAACAAAAGGAACCUAUGCUGAAAGAAAGCUUUGAGGGAAUGAAAAUGAGAAGUACCAAGCAAGAGCCAAAUGGAAAUAGUAAAGUAAACAAAGUACAGGAAGAUGAUUUGAAGUGGGUAGAAGAGAAUGUUCCUUCUUCUGUGACAGAUGUAGCACUUCCGGCCCUGCUAGAUUCAGAUGAGGAACGGAUGAUCACACACUUUGAAAGAUCCAAAAUGGAGUAAAUGAUGAAUACUGCCCAGUUGAAGAUGGCUAAUAUCAGGGGAGAGAUCGCUUCUGUGUCGGUCUAAUACGCUGCUCCAUGGGACUGUAGGAGGCAGUGACAGCCCCAUCUGUUCCUUGAUCUUUGUGCAUGGGAGCUGGCAAGAGGUGUCCCACCGGGAGAACUUCUUUGAAAUAUUCACACGAAGAGAAAAAUCUACAAGCAUCUUAUUUACAACAUUGAUCUCCUUUCACUCCCAAACCUGUCAUGGAUAUUUAUGCAACUUACGUGUUGUUCCUGAACUUUCUGUUUCAGUUGAUUAAUCUGUCAAACUAAAAAAUUUAACAUCUUUUAAAGGACUGUCAUCAGCACCAUAAUAUGUCAUCUGCAGGAUCAACUGCCUGAAAUUUUUAUUUAGAGAGUUGCAUAGGUGAUGGGGAAAGUUGUUGAUUAUCUUCCAGUUUCCUGGGAAGUAAAGGUUACAUCUAGUAGAAGUAGUUUUGAGUAAAAUGAGUCCUUCUGAGUUAAGGAGUUACAGUUCUAUCAGUGAUGAAAAGAGAAAAAGCGAGAGAAAGUAACAUGAUUUUUUUUUUCAAAAAAGCAAAAUCAAGUGCAAUUUUGUUUACAAAUAGUGUAUAUUAAAGAUUUUUCUAUUUCAGAUGUACUUUAAUGAGAAAUAGCAUAACUCUUGACAUCUGAUAUUGUGACACAUCCCAUUGCUGGCAAUGUGGUGCACACUCCAAAACUUUUAACUACUGUUUUAUAAGCCUCCAAGGGCGGCAUUGUAGAGUUGUAGGUAAUGCUUCGUUUGCCUUCAUGCCAUUCUUUGGGAGUUGCACUAGAUACCAAGAGGCCCUCUGUUGAAGUGCUGUGACUAAACGCUGUGCAAGAACUGUCAUGCUCCAGGAGGGUGAGCUUAUAGGAAGAAAACAAGGCCUGUUGGUUUCUCAAACAGUUAUUCUUGCAUGAAGUAGUAUGGAGGCCCUGGACUGCUGCUCAUUUUUAAAGAUUGACUGUUCUAGUACCUGGUGUUCGUUUAGAGAUUGCUUAUAAGGGACAUUUGAAGGUGAUGGGAUUCACUUGAAGCACUAUAUUUUCAGUUUUAAUGGUUUUGUCCAGUUUUCCCUUCCCAAGACUUUUGUUCUACAUGAAAAGUUCAUGCCACUUUUUAAUAUAAAAAUUUUAACAAAAAUAA